CUUACUGACACACAAGAACCAGCGAGAAAUUAUAAAACAUUGCCCUGCUAUUUAAAAACGAAUGCUCGUAAAAAGACGUCUAUAGUCUAGCCUAUUAUGUCGAGCCUUUUGAAUGAAUUUCUUAUCAAAGACGUUCGACCCGGUUUUAAAAACAUAAAUGUUGUGUUCAUAGUUUUGGAAAUCAACAGGGUCAGCAAAACCAAAGACGGCCAUGAGAUUCGUUCCUGUAAAGUUGCUGACAGAAGCGGCAGCAUCUCCAUCUCCGUGUGGGACGAGGCAGGAGGCUUCAUUCAACCUGGGGACAUCCUCCGUCUCUCCAAGGGGUACGCCUCCCUGUGGAAGGGUUGUCUCACACUAUACACAGGCAGAAGUGGAGAACUCCAGAAGAUCGGAGACUUUUGCAUGGUGUUCUCAGAGGUGCCAAAUUUCAGCGACCCAAACCUUGAUGUGCUGACACAAAUGAACCAGAUAAACAAACCCGUCAAACCAGACCAGCAGAACAUCCCUCAAAAUGGCCAGACAACAGGAGGUCCUGGAAAUCCUUUUCCUCAAACUAUUGGAUCCCCAGCAUCCUACUCCUCCAGUGUCUCGUCCCAUCAUCCGAGAGAUGCUCGAGAUCUGCCCUGUGGUACAGAGAGGGGGCAGGAUCGGCCUCACCGCGUGCUCCUAAACAGGAACCCUCUGUGCAACGUGAGGGAAGGUGCGGGUAGAGCCUUUGGCAUGAGGGGCCAUAUCCGGGACCCACGCCAGACCCCCACAUGGAAGAAAUAGGGUAAAGAGUUCCUAUUUGUAGUCACAAUGCUAGAUGGAUGUAGACCUGGUAUUAAAUAUGCUCCCUUCACGGUGGCUCAUUUGAUUUGAAAGUACAACCUGACAAUGACUUUGUUUCAUUUUUCUGGAGAACACUCACAGAUGUCAAAUUAAGUAUUGUAGUGAUAUG